AGUGGGUGUUUUCCUUAGCGCCGCUAGCAUUUGGUGUGUACACACUGGAGCGCGUGCACACGGCGACAAUCUUGGUAGUCAGUCUGCGGAUUGCAGCGAAUUCGCUCAUUUGAAAAAAAUAAAACAUGGCUGGAAGAGGUGGUUAUGAACACGCUAGAGGUGGCUUUGGAGGCGAACGGCAUGUGAAGCAAAUGCCAACGGAACCGCCAUUUAUUGCGUACGUGGGCAACUUGCCGCAGGGUCUCGUCCAGGGAGAUGUUAUGAAAAUAUUCAAUGACUUCGAGGUGAAAAACGUGCGACUGGUCAAGGAUCGCGAAACGGAUAUGUUUAAGGGCUUCUGUUAUGUGGAGUUUGAGACGCUGGAAAAUUUGGAACGCGCCCUCGAAUGUGAUGGUCGAAUAAAAUUGGAUGAUCUGUCGGCUCCGCUGCGGAUAGACAUUGCCGAUCGCAGGAAAAAUGAACGCCCUGGUGGCGGCAUUGGCGGCGGCGGCGGCGGCGGCAAUGGCGGCGGCAUGAGCCGCGAUGGCGGACGAGAUGGCUUCCAGAAACGGGGACCACCACGUCAGGGCGGCAGCAGUCAAUCGUAUAGCCGAGGCGGUCCUGGCACCGGCGGCGGUCGCGAGGCCGGCGGCGGCUCUGGUAAUCGUGGCGAUAGUAGAGGUUCGUACAAUGAUAAUUAUGGUGGUCACAGUGAUAGAAGUCGUGGCGGCGCCAGCUCCGGCAUGAAUAGAGGAUACAAUGAUCGCCCGGCAAAUCGCGGCCGUUAUGGUAAUUUUAACAAUGACGAGCGCUUCGAUCGCAAUCAGGAUCGGGAUCGGGAUCGUGGCCAACGCGAGGGCAGCUAUGGCAACCAGUCGCGCGAUGGCGAUCGGUAUAACAACUUUAGCCGGCAUCGUGACCGCGAGCGCACCCACUAUAAUCCCAACCAGCAGCAGGAACGUCCCAGCGGCGUUGCAUUGGGCGCCAUUGGUAACAAUUCGAUGAGGCAAGAUUCGAAUAUGACUGCUAAUAAUUUGGAUGUUGUUGCAGAUGAUACGGAGCGGCCACGCCUCCAGCUAAAGCCGCGAACUAUUGCGGCGCCCAUUAACGCGGUGGCUGAAACCAAACAAUCAGCCUCCAUAUUCGGCAAUGCCAAGCCGCGCGAGGAAAAGCUCAAGGAGCUACAACAGAAUAUCAAUCACAAUGGCGAUAACUAGGCGGCUCUGGGUAUCUUUACUAUGCCUAUAAUGAUAUUUAAACAAACAAAACAGCAAAAUAACAAUACAAACAACAAACAGAGCUAAGAAUGAGAAUGAUAGGGGCGUAUAUCAUUUGCGUGAAAGAGGCGGAAUGCAUAUAUAUGAAGAGUCGAGCGGAUGAAAUGGAAGCAAAUGCAAAAACAAUACAAAAAUAUAAUUAAUAACUACGCUAUAUACCUAUUAUAUAAAAACGCUAUGUACUAUGCAUACAUAAUACACAAAAAAAACAUAUGGCUGGCCCUCCCCCCGUCAGCCGCAGCAACAAAGCAACUUAACAAGAAAACAAACCAACAAACAAACAAACAAACAAUGCGAAAUAACUUUCUGAUCACAUGAGUUUGCUGGAUAUUGGAUAUUGGAGCUAAAGGAACAAUAACAUCGGCGACAACAAUAACAAUUUCAACGACAACACCAACACCAACAACAACAACAACUUUAACAACUUCAACGACAACACCAACAACAACACCAUUAACAAUAACAGAAAUAACAACAAUGGAAAGUCUUUAAAUGUUAGUCUGUAAGCAGCGGUAAAGUUAGAGCCGUGCAUAUAGCUAUACCGAAUACGUAUAGUCCAUAUAUGCGCGCUGCUAUUUGUUAGUUAAGUAAUGCAUAUUGUAAACCAACAAAACAAAAACAAAACAAAAACAAAAAAGAAAAAACAAAAAACAAUUACGUUCUUACCAUUUAAGCAAAAAAAAAACAAAACAAAAAACAGCAAAAAACUGAGAAAAAAACGACAAAAAAAAAACAAACAAACUAAAAUUUGACAAGCGUUCAGCGUUAGCAAGCAGGCAGGCAGUUUAUACAAUUUAUAUAGCAAAAAUACAAGAAAACACUAAAAAAACGAAAAAUACUUAACAAGAAAAACAACAAAAAAAAUCAAAAAAACAAAAAUGAAAAAAAACGAACCGCAGUGAAAAUAUAAAACACCAACUACGUACGUAUUAAAAUAACAAAAACAACAGCAAAAACAAACAACAAAUUUAUAUAUAUAUAUUAAACAUCAAUUCACACACAGACUAUAUAUAUAUAUACAUAUGUAUAUAUAUGUAUAUAUAUAUAUAUGAACUAUGUAAUCCAAGCAAACAGUUUAACUAAGUCGCGACCAAAAUUCUCUUCUCUCUCUCUCUCUCUUGUUUGUAAAAUUUUUCUAUAUCAUUUUUUAAAUUAAACUUUUUGUUAAUCAAUUUUGUAAUAAUUUGUUGUCGGCUGCAAUUGGCCCCGUUUAUAUGCUCGACUGACAGACAGACAGACAGACAGAGGGAGGGACACGCCGGCGGCAUUGAUUUAAAAGCAAAAUUUUCUUCCUUGUAGAUAAUUGAAAUACGCAGGGCAAACACACAUAUAUAUGUAUAUUAAGCGAAAGAUAUCAAUUAAUUAUAUAACUAUAUAUAAAUAUAUCUAUUUUUUUUUUUUAACUUUGGCGACUAGCGACAACGGCGACGGCCGAUUUUGAAUACGUUUACAAAUUAUGAACUCAAUUAAAUGUUUUUGCUUUUUUUUUUUAAUUCUCUUUAAUAAUUUUAUUAUUAUUUUUUUUGUGUCAAUUUUUUUUUUUUCAAAUAAAGCCUAAAUCAUUUAAAUAAGAACAUAUUGUGAGCGUUCUUUUUUCAAAAUGCUGCCAACAUUUUUCAAGUCGUUUUCAAUCAAAAGCAUAUUAAACGACAUAUUUCUCUAUUGUUGGAGCAUUACAGAACAUUUAGACUGAGAGUUAAUAACAAUAAUCCAUUUGCCGCACAAUUCAAUUUUCGCGUAGCCAAAACAGAAAAAUUAUAACUUAAUAGACAAUUGUUUUAACUAAAGCAAAUAAUCGUAAUAGUCCGUGCGAGAUCUGUUUAGGGUCCUUAAAGUGUUGCCGGCGUUAUUUCGAUGCCUAUUACAAAUAUUAAACAAAUUGAAUGUACAUUUUCUUCAUUUUCUUUUUUGUUAAAACAAAUUUUGUAUCAUAAAACCUAAAACGAAGAAAACUUAGAGGAAAACCAUAAAAAAAAAAACAUAAAUAAAAACAAAGAAAAUGCGAUUCACAAGCAGUUCGCUAAACGAAAAAAGAACGUAAACUUUUUAUAAUUUUAGCUCUAAUAUUAAACGAAAGUCAAAGAUUUACCUACUAAUAAAGCGUAGACAAAACAAGUAGCAGCGGGCAAUUAAGCAAAAAGUGAA